AUGCAGUCCGGCAUAACAGCCUCGGCCGAACUGCACGCCGCCUUCGAGAAGCUCACCACCGACCCCUCCUCCCGCUUCCUCAUCGCCAGCGUCUCAGGCGAAACCAUCAUCCCGCGCGACACCAUCCCCGCCUCAAGCGACUUCCUCUCGGACCUCUCCCUCCUCGCGCCCCACCUCACCCCCAACGAAGCGCUCUACAUCCUGCUCCGCCAGUCCGACGCAUCCUCCACCGACUCCGACGCCACCACCCGCCUCGUCGCCGUCACCUACGUGCCGGACGCGGCGCCGGUGCGGCAAAAGACGCUGACGGCCUCGACGCGGCUGGCGCUGGUGCGGCAGCUGGGCGGCGAGCACUUCGCCGAGACCGUCUUCGCGACGACGGCCGAGGAGCUGUCGGCCGAGGGGUGGCGGCGGCACGAGGCGCACGUGGCGGGCGCGGCGCCGCUGACCGAGGAGGAGCGCAACCUCGUCGGCAUCAAGGAGCAGGAGGCGCUCGAGAGCAGCAGCACCGCCGCGCGGCGCGUGCAGACGAGCGGGCAUUUGAGCAUGGAGGUGCAGGAGGGCGUGGUGGAGGCGUUGAGGGGGUUGCCGGAGGGGGAAGCGAAUCUGGUGCAGCUGGACAUCGACGUCGCCAACGAGACUUUCCGCCUCGUGUCCACCACGACCGCUUCGGCCGCCGAGCUGGGCAGCGUCAUCGCCGCCGACGCCCCCCGCUACUCGUUCUACCGCCACGACGCCGGCCCCGACGGCUCGCGCCCCAUCCUCUUCAUCUACUCUUGCCCGCCUACCUCCAAGGUCAAGGAGCGCAUGGUGUACGCCGCCUCGCGCGGUUUUGCCAUCCACCUGGCCGAGAAGGAGGCCGGUAUCGAAAUCCACAAGCGGCUCGAGUUCGGCAGCCCGGAAGAUAUCGGCCCUUCUACUAUCGACGACGAGUUCGUCGUCAGGGAGGAGAAGAAGACGGGCUUCUCCAAGCCCAAGAGGCCUGGUAAGCGCUAG